CAUACCAACAGUGGAGGUGAAGCUGUGGCAUUUUCUUGCUUCUUGAUAACGGCAUAUUAUUUCAUCAUCUGUUGGCUAUCCAGGAUCCAGUGUGUGGAUGUGUGCACGUGUGAUGGGAAGCCAUGCUGGACGUGCUGAUUAUCGGAGGGGGUCCUCACGCCCUGACCCUGGCUACGCUCCUCACCCACCCGAACCACCCCACGCCAGCGCCUGGCACUAGUGACGUCCUGGACGGGGUGCAGUUGAGCACGGCCAAGUCCUGGCCCAGUCGGACCAGGAGCAAGAGGAGAUCGCACGCAAGACUUGGUCUGUGGCACUGUAUUGCAGAACCGGUGGUGGAGGCGUUGGCCAGCGUGGAGAAGGUGUCCUGCCCGCCGCUGAAGCUCUGUGCAGUGGACUCCUACGGCCAGUGGGCCUGCCUGUGGGAGAGCCAGUUCAAAGCCCUGAACAUUCCACACCUCCGCUCACACACGCUGGUGCACACCGAUCCACUGAACAAGAAAGCUCUGCAGGACUUUGUGGUGCAGAACGGCAGAGAGAACGAGCUUCACGGCCUUCCUGAGCGAGUGUACAUCCAGGACGAGAACGCUUUCUUCAAUGACAACCGCCUGGGCAAGAGAGACAAGCUGCUCCUCAACAGUAGCAGUAGCGGUAGCGGUGGUGGUGGAUGCCAACAGAAGAAUCUGUGCUUCAGCCUCCCCGGUACACAGCUGAGUGUGGACUUCUUCACGGAGCAGGUUCGCAAGUACAACCUGGAGAGCGCGCUGGUCAAAGGCACGGUGGAGCGAAUCCUCCCCAUGCUCGCCGGCGAGGACAGCCUCCACUUCCGGGUGCUGAUGCAGAACGGCGACGCCAUAGAAACAAAGAGGGUUGUCCUGGCGACGGGGCCCACCCGAGCCCAGAUGGCCAACGUGCCGGCCUGGGUGUCGGAUAUCGGGGAGGACUACCCGGAGGACAGCCUGCAGCACACCGUGCAGCUCAUGCACCAUCUGCCCCUCCACCACCACCAGCAGCUGGAAGAAGAGAGCCAGACUCAGGACCACAGCAGCUGUCAAUCACCUGGAGGUCCGCCACGUGUGUGUCAGCCGGGCCAGAGGCUGAUGGUGGUUGGCGGAGGCCUGACCAGCGCACACAUCAUCUCCAUGGCACUGCAGCAGGGGGCACGGCACGUCACCUGGGUGAUGCGCAAACACUUGCAGCUGAAACAGUUUGACGUGGGCGACGUAGAGAGCCUGAUCGGACGCUACUCGCACGUGGAGCACGGCAUUAAGAUGGACGGCCUGGCCUACCUGCGGCAGUUCUACAGCGAGCGGAGCCUGCACAAGAGGCUGGCCAUGAUACGGCAGGCCAGGAAGGGGGGAGCCGUCACGCCAGAGGCCUACGCACAGCUGCAGCCCUACGUACAGACAGGACAGCUGACCAUCAGAGCCUACUGCCAGGUCUCCGAGGCCAAAUGGUGCUACCAGAGUCAGAUGUGGAGGCUGGCCCUGAGCUGUGGGAACUACUGGACCGGGGACAAAAUCUGGCUUGCCACCGGCUGCAAAUUAGAUGCAAAACAGGACCCACUGCUUUCUGACAUCAUGGCGGCGUUCCCAAUACAGGUCAUAGACGGCUGGCCAUGUGUUAUGGAGAAUCUGCGGUGGAAUGCUGACUGCCCUCUCUACCUCAUGGGACAAUACGCUGCCCUUCAGAUAGGACCUCACGCAGUGAAUCUGGCGGGCGGCCAGGCAGCGAGUUUCCGCAUAGCAAAGGACAUAAUCAGCGAGCACAGCGGGACCGAGCAAUUGAACAGAGCGCCUCGCGACGUGGCGAAGGUGCGAACGGAUGAUUAUGUUAUGAACAUGCAUGGCUUGAUGUGGCUCUGACGUCAGUUGCUGUGAGAAUGACUCAGCAACUUUUCCAAUGAGUAAAAUAAAAAAAUAAAAAAAUUAAAAAAAUAUCCAAGGAGUAGACGAAUAGGCGACAAAACACUUUGGCACCAAGUCGCGCGUAAUAUGUCAUUCCAUGUGAUUCCAUCUCUGCGACUGCAUUAUUUUUGUUUAAUAAA